AUGUCUUUCGUCCUUGAAAUAUACCACGCUGUUCAAGCCUGUGGCAGCGUCUACCUGGGCUUGCUAUCGGCCAUGGCAAUCUACAACCUCCGUCAAUGGGAACCACAAACUGAAAGUGCGUCACGCUAUUCAAACACGGCUACGCGACAGCUUCACAAAACCAGAACCACCCAAGCUAGUGGUGUGCUAGCUACUCUGUCCUCAUUUGUGUCGUCGGUAAUUCUCGUUGUCGCCGUCUCGUCCGGUCGCAACACCAUGCCGUUCUUGCUCAGUGCCGCCAAUGCCGGCGGUCUGGCUCUGGCAUACAACCACAUUGCGAAUUUCUGGCGUAGCAGAGCCACCGUACCUCUAGCCUCCACCUACAAUGAAGGCGUCAGAUCCACGAAGCAGAUGCUACAAGCUCUGGGGGUGUUGACGAUUAGCUGGGCGGCGUCCACGGUGAUAUACCUGUUCAGAGCAAUUCUUUACUGA